AUGGUAGAAGUCAACAAAGAUUUGACUGAUUCAUUACAAACGGUGUGCAACCCCCCGUGUAACGUUCACAACGCCCGCGGGUGUGUGGCGCCCAACGUGUGCGACUGUAAGGAAGACUACACAGGCUAUCGCUGUGACGACCUGACGAAACAGCAAGAAUCCACCCUGCAGUACUGUUACAAGGCGAGCACGUGCUACGGCGAGAAGCACAAAGGUUUUGGUGACGUCACUGUCAGUCAGGACAAGUGCUGCGGGGACGGCGGCGGCUCGUGGGGGGUCGGGGGUACUGACCACUGCGUCACGUGUCCGGAGACCGGGCAGCUUGCGCCUGCUGUGAUCAUGCAGACGACGAAUCUUCCUUUCCGCACGUGCCUCAACUUCGGGCGCUCCUUCUACCGGAUGUUUGACGGGCUCGAGUUCCAGUUCGCGGGCACGUGCACGUACACCCUGGCGGAGAGCGUGCUGCAGGGCUGGCACGUGGAGGUCACCUUGAAAAACUGCGACUACUGGACCACGUGUCGAAAGCUCGUGAAGACCUAUACUGACUCCGGCGACACAGUUGAGACCGAGGGAGGUCAGGUCAAGGUCAACGGACAUCCGGUCAGCAUCCUGCCCGACAAGCCGCUCCUCACUCCCGAGAAAUCGUUCACUGUAAGCGUGAUAGGCGACUGGGUGCUACUGGAGAGUGCUUCCGGUCUUCGCGUCAAGGCGGACCACGCUUCAACCGUCUACGUCACGUUAGACAAGUCGAAGACAGCCGAGCAUCAGGUGCGAGGGUUGUGCGGAAAUAACAACGGAGUACCAGGCAUCCCCGACGAGUUUGCCGGUACUACGAACCCUACAACGUUCGGUAACGCCUUCAAAGUGGUCAAUACCGGCGGCGUGUGCCCAGACAGUACGGCGGUCCAGAAGUACUGCCCGGAAGCGACGAGCAGGGAACGCCGGGAGGCGGAAGAGGCGUGUUCGUACAUCCGCUCAUCGGUGUUCAGCGGCUGUCACAGCCUCAUCGACGUGAACAUCUGGUACCGAAUGUGCAUGAACUACCACUGCGCGGCGGACACCCCGGAAGACAAGACCGCCGUCCGCUGCUUCUACACGGAGGCGUACGCCCGGGAGUGUUCCGGUCAGGGAGUGGUCGUCCAUUGGAGAACCGUGGCCGCCUGUCCCAAGGAAUGCCCGCCGGGCCUCGUGUACUCGGACUGCGCCUCCCCCUGCCCGGCCACGUGCCAGAGUCUCCAUCAGCCCGUCACGUGUCCCGCAGACUGUGUGACCGGAUGUCAGUGUCCGCCCGGGCGCGUGCUCCAGGACGGACGCUGCGUUGAACCGGCCGCCUGCCAGUGCGAGUACAACCAUAUCCGGUUUAACAACACUGCCGUCAUACAGAUCGGAUACGACUGUAAGACAGGAAGGUAUGAAGGUCUGCCUGCUGACAGACGAUUCUGUCCAUACGAAGGUAUGAAGGUAUGCCUGCUGACAGACGACUGUAAGACAGGAAGCAAGUGUUACAUGGGCAAAUGGCAAUGCACGGAUGACAAGUGCAGUUCCUCGUGCAACUACUACGGAAUGUCGCACGUGAAAACAUUCGACGGUCUAGAGUACGAAUUCGAGGCGGCGCCUUGCACCUAUGAUCUAGUGCAGCCUGCCUCUGAGGCGAUUAAAGCGGACCCUCGGGCAAACCUUGUCAUCCGAGCCCUUCACGAGGAUUGUGGGACAUACAUGGCGGGUCGCAACUGCAUCGCAGGCGUCCGAGUGGAGACCCAGGGGGAAUCCGUCGUCAUACAAGGUGGCAGCGUCCAGGUAAACGGUCAAGAUUACACGGCCUACAUUCAGGACAAGCCCUAUCUCUCCCACCACCUGUACGUCAAGCAGGUCACCUCUCUCUUCAAGCUCGUGCGGGGGUUCGGCUUCCGGGUACUGUACGGACAGCGGCGGAUCUACGUCAGCGUGGAGUCUUUCUACGACAACAAGAUUCAAGGCCUGUGUGGCAAGUUCAACUACGUUACGAAUGACGACUGGAUGGCGCCGAACGGGAUCACGGAGAAUAAAGCGGGGGCGUUCGUGUCGCACUACAUGACACCGCCCAACUGUGCCCGCCAGGCGGAGCGACCAUCCUUCCCCGACUGUCCCAUACUGAAAUUGCAAUACGCCAAGGAGAUUUGUGAGCCGGUGCGUGACGCAACGUCACUAUGGAAACGCUGCCGCGACCUGCUCGACUUCAACGUCUACUACCAACAGUGCCUGAGUGACGUAUGCUCCGUGAACUCGUUGGACGUCAGCGCUCCCGCGUGCGUCAUCCUGUCGGUGGUGGCGCGAGAGUGCGCUCUUCUGGGAGCGGAAAUCGACGACUGGAGUGGGCAUGCCAGUAUACGCGGAAAGUGCGACGAUCUGACCCGCUGUGGCUCUUCCGGCGGUUCCGUCUACAGCGAGUGUAGCUCGUCCUGUCAAGGUCACUGCCGAGACAAGGAGGUGGCAGACACUUCCUGUAAAGAAGAAUGCGUCGCCGGAUGCACGUGUCCGCCCGGUCAAAUAAUGGACGACAACGGGGAUUGCGUGCGACUCGGUCAAUGCACGUGCUACGACAAAUACGCGCCGGACGGUGACCGUAUCCGGAAGGCUGGUGACGUCAUAGAAAGGAAUUGCCAACGAUGUACGUGUGUUAACGGCGCGUGGCAAUGCGCGCUCGUGAAGCACUGCCUCACUGGCGUCACGUGCCCGCGUAACCAGCGCUACCUGGAGGACAGUCACGUGUGCCAGAGCACGUGUGAGACUCACGGAUACGACUGCGGGCCGGGCUACGUGUACACCGGAUGUGGGUGUCCCGAGAAUACCACCAUGGCGCCGGAUGGUCAGUGCGUGUCCCCAGGGGAAUGCCCGUGUCAGUACGGAACGGAGUGGUUUCCCGUGGGAAAAAUCGUCAAAUCAGGAUGCAAAGAAUUACGGUGUCAGGGUCAGAAGUGGGUCGUCGAAAAGGACAACAACUGCCCAGGAAGCUGCUGGGCGGCGGGCGACCCGCACUACAAGACGUUUGACGGACGCCACUAUUCCUUCCAGGGCGUGUGCUCCUACACGCUUGUUCGUGACGCCACUUCCGGUGGAGCGUUUGACGUCACCGUUCAGAACAUGCCGUGCGGUACGACGGGUGUCACGUGCACAAAGGCUGUCACUGUGCGCAUGUACGGGGUCACGGUUCGACUCCUGCGGGGGAUGCCACCCACCGUGGAUAACAUCACGGUGACCGGAAGUGCCUACAAGACGCACGGGCUCACCAUCAGCAGGUCCGGUUUGUGGGUGUUCGUUCGGGCGCCUAAACUGAAGGUCACAGUGCAAUAUGACGAAGGUACCCGCGUUGGCGUCUAUCUGGAUGGGUCCUGGCGUAACAACGUGGAGGGGCUUUGCGGCAACUUUGAUGGGCGACAGAACAAUGACGGAGGCCUUAACGUGGUUGACUUUGCAAACGACUGGAAAACUAGCACCGCCUGCGCGGACGCUCCGACACCUCGACCCGAAGAGCUCGACCCGUGCCAUGGAGUGGAGCAUCGCGAGCCGUGGGCGACCCAGAUGUGUUCACUCAUAGUGACGGGGGACGUGUUCUCCGCCUGCCGAGAGAAGAUGGAAGACUGGAUGGAGAAGUUCUACUACCAGGACUGUGUGUUUGACGCCUGCAGAUGUGACAUGGGUGGUGACUGUGACUGUCUGUGUACUUCCCUCGCAAACUUCGCCGAGAAAUGUAACGAGCUUGGUACCCCUGUGCGCUGGCGAACCCAGAAACUGUGCCCGUUGCAAUGCGACUACGGGAAGGUUUACACGCCCUGUGGUUCCCCGUACCUGCAGACGUGCGACACAUUGGGCUGGGGACCAGACGACACACCCACUGACUCCUCCCCCUGCGUGGAGGGAUGCUUCUGUCCACAGGGAUUCGUGGAACUUGGUGAGAAGUGCGUGCCCGCAGACGACUGUCCGUGUACCCAGAGCGGUCAGACCUAUCCUCCAGGGACAGCCGUGAAACACAACUGUAUGAACUGCACGUGCAAGCGAGGCAAGUUCGAGUGCACGGGUACCAACUGUACGGGAGCCUGCGCUCCCGGGGAGUUCCUGUGUACAAACGGAGACUGUAUCGGUCAGCAGUACGUGUGUGACGGGUACUCGGACUGCCACGACGGGAGCGACGAAAACAACUGCACAGCGAAGCAAUGUGACAAGGACGAAUUUCGCUGCGGUAACGGCCGCUGUAUCAACGUGAAGUUUAAAUGUGACGGCUUCUACGACUGCCUGGACAUGUCCGACGAGGCCGACUGCGGUGUUCCUUCCUGUGGUGCCGAUGAGUUCACGUGCCGCUCCGGCUACUGUAUCCCUCUGAGCUUCAAAUGUGACGGCGAGUCCGACUGUGGGCCCAUGGACGGCUCUGAUGAACGCAACUGUCCAGUGAUCAAGGAGUGCGCGGUGGUUCGGACCUUCCGGUGCGGCAAUGGCGCCUGUGUGCCAUAUACUCUCCGCUGUGACCGCCACGACGACUGCGGGGAUGGCAGUGACGAAAUUGGCUGCAACUGCACGUGCGAUGGCCAAGGUCUCUUCGCGUGCGGGAGCUGUGAAUGUCUGGACAAGUAUCGACAGUGCGAUGGUGUACGGGACUGUGCUGACGGCAGUGACGAACGAAACUGCAGUUGUAAGGCAGGAGAAUUCACGUGCGAUGACGGUAAAUGUGUCCAGUCUACACAGCACUGCGAUGGUGAUGUAGACUGCCAGGACGGAAGUGACGAGGAGGGAUGCGGGGUUACCACCCACCGCCCAUCUGGUACCCCGAUCACCCCGCCCUCCUGUGUGUAUAUCGAGGCCAUGGCAACACCGGGAGCCAUUCAGCCGCAGGACAUAUCUGUGGAUGACCCGGAAGUAGAAGCCAGUAAGGAGAAUAUCCGGCCCGGACGGGAACCACUCAAGUCCUACAAAAACACACUCGCAAUCACUGUAACUCUGCCCUUUGGAACCCCGGUGGAAUCAAUAUGGCUGCCCUUGUCGGAAAACGUCGCCGGCUUCACAGUCCACGUGAAGCGGACUGGACAACUGUUUCCGGUCCAGGAUGGCAAGAUAUUCGGACCCACGGAUACAGUCAGCCUGCGCGGACAGUCGGUGGACGGUGUCGUGGUGACCAUGACCUCGCCUGUGCGUCCCGCGCGGCCCUACUACGUCGAGCUGGAGAUCAGCGCCUGUAUAGAUGUGAGGAUUGAGUCCACCACGCCAGUUGUUGUGACCAAACCUACUCCUACUGAAUGCACAGAGAGGAUGCUAGACGGUGACUCCCGGUACGUCCGGGUCGAGGGAUCCACCUCAAAACCGGGUAACGAGCCUGAAGACGCUCUACUUCCGGAAUCCGGUCCCGUGUCAUGCUGGCAGCCGGUCGACUCCGACCCCCUCCCGCGACUGACCUUAAACAUCCUCAGUGCUGGUGACGCGCUGGUUACAAAGCUGCAGAUGACUGUACGGGGAGUAACCAUCGUUAUGGUGGAGUACCUGCCGAGUUCGUUUAUGCCGCCUGUUCGAGUGCUCAGUGACGCUACCGUGCCCUCCGACAUAGAGUUUUCGUCGCCGUCCGGGAAAUCCGCGCGGGUCAUCCAGAUCAAAUUGGUCCCCGCCGCAGGCACUCCCAUAAAACUGUGUGGGCUCAUUGUGACCGCCUGCUUCGAACCACUAGUGAAGACGACAGCUCCCACAGUGAGCUCGAUAGAAUCUUCAACAUACACCAGCACAUACACAAUGACCCCCUCAUCCUCAAGUUUAUCUUCAGUCACAAGUUCACAAGAGUCGACGUCUUCUACAGCAUCCUCUGAGUUCUCUACUUCUUCACCGUAUUCAUCUGAGUCAUCUACUGCCACGCCGUAUUCCUCAAAGACAUCAAGUGCUACACCGUAUUCAUCUGAGUCCUCUACUUCUACACCGUACUCCUCAAAGACAUCAAGUGCUACACCGUAUUCAUCUCAGUCCUCUACUUCUACACCGUACUCCUCAGAGACAUCAAGUGCUACACCGUAUUCCUCAAAGACAUCAAGUGCUACACCGUAUUCCUCUGAGUCCUCUACUUCUACACCGUACUCUUCAAAGACAUCAAGUGCUACACCGUAUUCUUCUGAGUCCUCUACUUCUACACCGUACUCCUCAAAGACAUCAAGUGCUACACCGUAUUCCUCUGAGUCCUCAACUGCUACACCGUAUUCCUCCGAGUCCUCUACUGCUACACCGUAUUCCUCAAAGACAUCAACUGCUACUCCGUAUUCCUCAAAGGCAUCAAGUGCUACACCGUAUUCUUCUGAGUCAUCUACUUCUACACCGUAUUCCUCAAAGACAUCAAGUGCUACACCGUAUCCCUCUGAGUCCUCUACUUCUACACAGUCUUCUGAAUAUUCAUCUUCUACGCCGUCUUCUGAGUAUUCAUCUUCUACGCCGUCUUCUCAAUCAUCAUCUUCAACACCGUCUUCUGAAUCUUCAUCUUCAACGUCGUCUUCUGAGUCAUCAACUUCAACGCCGUCUUCUGAGUCAUCAACUUCAACACCGUCUUCUGAGUCAUCAACUUCAACGCCAUCGUCUCAAUAUUCAUCUUCAACGCCGUCUUCUGAGUCAUCAUCUUCAACGCAGUCUUCCGAAUAUUCAUCUUCAACGCCGUCUUCUGAGUCAUCAACUUCAACGCCGUCUUCUGAAUAUUCAUCUUCUACACCCUCUUCUCAGUCAUCUACUUCUACACCGUAUUCUUCUGAAUCAUCCAUUUCAACAACGUCUUCUGAAUAUUCAACAUCUACACCAACAUCUUCUGAAUAUCCAUCAUCUACAACGUCUUCUAAAUAUUCAACUUCUACAACGUAUUCUGAAUCAUCAUCGUCUACAACGUCUUCUGAAUAUUCAUCUUCAACGCCUCCUUCUGAAUAUUCAUCUUCUGCGGCUUCUUCUGAGUCAUCAACUGCCGCAGCAUAUUCUGAGUCAUCAUCUACCCCGCCUUCUGAAUCGUCAUAUUCUACAACUUCCUCUGAAUCUUCGUUACCUUCUACAAUUUCUUCUGAGUCGUCGUUACCUUCUACAACUUCUUCUGAAUCGUCGCUACCUUCUACAACUACUUCUAAGUCUUUGUUACCUUCUACAACUUCUUCUGAAUCGUCGUUUCCUUCUACAACUUCUUCUGAAUCGUCGUUACCUUCUACAACUUCUUCUGAAUUGUCGUUACCUUCUACAACUUCUUCUGCAUCGUCGUUGCCUUCAACAACUGCUUCUGAGUCGUCAUUACCUUCCACAACUGCAUCGGAGUCGUCAACUUAUUCACUGUCUUCUGAAGCUUCGACAAGUUCAUCUCCCUAUUCAUCGGUCACGACAACACCAGAGGUUUGUUUGGAGCCCUUGACAACAAGCCGGGCCCAGUACGAGUACAGCUCACAGGGGCCGUUGUCUGGGAACGGAACCUUCGAUGGCGAGCCCUGGAGGCCCCUUUUUUCCGACGCUACACCGGCAUUGACCGUCAAGUUCAGGGCGGCGAUGCAGGUGCGGCAGGUAACUCUGCGCGGCUCCACCCUCACGGCGCUCCUCGAGUACCAGACACCCGCGGGCGCCUGGGAGACUGAGUAUGACAAGGACGGCAGACCUAGGGUUUUUCGAUUGGACAAACCGGAUGUGACCACCAAGUUCCGGUUCGCGCCGGUUAAGGUCACUGCUCUGCGUGUACGUAUUACAUCCGGGGGCGGCGCUUAUCUUCAAGUGGAACUGUACGGAUGCCAAGUUGGAGUCAUAGAGACUACGACACCCUCCGUGACGACAAUGUCAGAGUCCGUUCUCACAACAGUUAGCAGUCUACAAGAGUCGAGCUCCACCACAGUUUCCAUGGUGACCCCCUGCUUCGUCUCCGAGGGCAUGUCGAGCCCCCUGUCCAUCCCUUCAAACGUGAUCUUCACCGACGACGAGGCUGCGAUAAAAAACAUCGACAACAUCCGGCCGGGUAGCGUUUCUCCGCUGCUCAUCAGGAAAAAUGAUCCGGUGAUCCGCAUAGUCCUCCCGGUUGUGUUUGUUGAGUCAGUGGCUCUGGUGACGUCGACGAAUGUUGACAGCUUCAGGGUGAAGGUCAAGCGCCCGAUAAACUCGACAUUGAAACCUGUCAGCGGAGGAAAGAAGUUUCUGCCUUCAGAGCGUGUGCCAAUCAACCAUGCAGUGAUAGAGGUGGACAUAGAGCUGUUCGGCACGGCGCCCUACCAGCUGCGCAUCAGCGUCAUUGCCUGCUAUCCAACAGGAUCAUCAACUCUAUCAGUCGUAUCGGAAACUACACCUUCGUCGAGUUUACCAUCCACCCCUUUUGUGUCGUCAUCAGAAUCAGAGACCACUCCUGGCGUGACGUCAUCAGCAACAACCCCUGGUGAAUCGUCAUCAGCAACCACUUCUGGUGUGACGUCAUCAAAAACAACUCCUGUUGUGUCGUCAUCAGAAUCAACUCCUGGUAUGUCGUCAUCACAAUCAGCAACAACACCUGGUGAAUCUUCAUCAGCAACAACUCCUGGUGAAUCAUUAUCUUCAGCAACAACUCCUCGUGUGACAUCAUCAGCAACAACUCCUGGUGUAACAUCAUCUUCAGCAACAACUCCUGGUGUGUCUUCAUCAGAAUCAACUCCUGUUAUGUCGUCAUCACAAUCAGCAACAACACCUGGUGAAUCGUCAUCAGCAACAACUCCUGUUGAGACACCAUCUUCAGCAACAACUCCUGGUGUGACGUCAUCAGCAACAACUCCUGGUGUAACAUCCUCAGAAUCAACAACAGCUUAUGGUUCGUCGUAUCCAGAAUCAACUUUCGGUGUGUCUUCAUCAGAAACAGGUCCAACAACUCCUAGUGUGUCGUCAUCAGAAUCAACAGCAACUGCACUUGUAUCGUCAUCAAUUUCAACAACAACUCCACUUGUUACGUCAUCAGUAUCAGCAACAACUCCACUUGUUACGUCAUCAGAAUCAGCAACAACUCUACUUGUUACGUCAUCAGAAUCAGCAACAACCCCAUUUGUUACGUCAUCAAAAUCAACAACAACUCAUGGUGAAUCAACAUCCGCAACAACUCCUGGUGUGUCGUCAUCAGAAACAGGUUCAACAACUCCAAGUACUGGAUCCACUCCAGGAUCAUCAGUUUCCUCAAGUGAAGUUACAAUGUCAAGUGAACCAGGCUAUAUUUCUACGCCCGGCACAAGCUCUACCCCAGGAACUGCCUCUUCAGUAUCAUCUAGCAUAGGGACAUCGACACCUUCUGUAACAGAGUCAUCGUCUACAACUCGAAGCGUUUCUUCCCUUUCAGAAACAACUAGUUAUCUUUCUACUCCGGGCACACGUUCUACUCCAGGAUAUUCCUCUUCAGUAUCAUCUAGCACAGGAACGGUGACACCUUCAGUUGCAGAAUCAUCAUCAACAAUGUCUAGUGUUUUUUCCGCUACUGAAACAACAUCAGCAGAAUCAUACAGCACAGGAACUGCGACACCUUCAAUUGCAGAAUCAUCAUCAACAACUUCUAGUACUUCUUCCGCUACUGAAAUAACAUCUGCAGAAUCAUACAGCACAGGCACAACGACACCUUCUGUAACAGAGUCAUCAUCAACAACUUCUAGUACUUCUUCCUCUACUGAAACAACAUCUGCAGAAUCAUACAGCACAGGCACGACAUCUUCUGUAACAGAGUCAUCACCUACAACUUCUAGUACUUCUUCCUCUACUGAAACAACAUCUGCAGAAUCAUACAGCACAGGCACGACAUCUUCUGUAACAGAAUCAUCACCUACAACUUCUAGUACUUUUUCCUCUACUGAAACAACAUCUGCAGAAUCAUACAGCACAGGCACGACAUCUUCUGUAACAGAGUCAUCACCUACAACUUCUAGUACUUCUUCCUCCAUUGAAACAACAUCUGCAGAAUCAUACAGCACAGGAACUGCGACACCUUCAAUUGCAGAGUCAUCAUCAACAAUGUCUAGUGUUUCUUCCGCUACUAAAACAACAUCCGCAGAAUCAUAUAGCACAGGCACAACGACGUCUUCAGUUGCAGAAUCAUCAUAUACAACUUCUAGUACUUCUUCCGCUACUGAAACAACAUCAACAGAACCAUACAGCACAGGCACAACGACACCUCCAAUAGCAGAGCCAUCAUCUACAACUUCUGGUGUAUCAUCAUCCACUGGAACAACAAGUUCUGUGUCUACUCCUGGCACAAGUUCUAUUCCAGGAACGUCAUCUUCAGUGUUAUCUAGUACAGGAACAGUAGAAUCACGAUCAACAACUCCUAGCAUUUCUUUAUCCUCCAAAACAACUAGUUAUAUUUCUACUACAGGCACCAUUUCUACUCCAGGAUAUUCAUCCUCCGUAUCAUCUAGCACAGGUACAGCGACCUCAGUAGCAGAAUCAUCAUCUACAACUGCUGGUGUUUCUUCGUAUACUGAAACAACAUCGUCAGUAGCAUCCACCACAGGCACAAUGACCCCUUCAAUAGCAGAAUCAUUAUCAACAACAUCGAGUGUUUCUUCCGCUACUAAAACAAAAACUUCAGUAGUAUCUAGCACUGGCACAACGACACCUUCGAUAGCAGAAUCAUCUACAACUUUUAGUGUUCCUUCCUCCUCUGAAACAAUAAGUUAUCCGUCUACCCCUGGUACAAGUUCUACACCAGGAUAUUCAUCUUCAGUAUCACAAAGCAUAGGCACUGCGACACCUACUGUAGCUGAAUCGUCAUCUACAACUUCCAGUGUUUCUUCAUUCACUGAAACAAGUUCAGCUUCUACUCCGGGUACAGUUUCAAGUCUAGGUAGUUCAACAUCGUCGGUAAGUUUAAGCACCGUCUCGGAAACAUCUUCAAUAACAGAGUCAUCAUCUACAACCCCUGGCGUUUCGUCCGCAAUAGAAUCAACACGUUCUGUUUCUACUCCGGAAUCAAUGUCUAGUCCAAUUAGCACCACAUCGACAAUGUCUUCUGAAACUGAAAGUACUAUAUAUGUUUCUUCCUCGGUAUCUUCAUCAUCAUCGUCAACUCCUAGUGUAUAUUCAUCUAUGACACCGACAGGUUCCAUUACAACUCCAAGUACAUCAGAAGCUCCUAGCUCAUCAUCCAUCGAGGUUACAGCAGGACUAACAACACGAUGCGAAGUGAUCGAGGGAAUGAGCAAGCCCUUGUUUAUUGGAAGAGACAGCAUCGUUGACGUCAAGAACGAGUCGCUGGACGACGUUGACAUGCUAAGGCCAAACAGUCUGCGGCCAUUCAGCGUCGACAAGGACGCGUUCACUGUCAAGAUCUGGUUUAUGCCGGCCAUUCCCAUAGAGUCGGUGAAACUGCCGACGGCUGAGAACGUGAAAUCUAUUACGGUCGAAUUUGUUCGUCCGGACAAGAAUGCUACGACAGUUCUGGCUGCUCAGGAGGUUUCUCCAUCUACAAUAGUCCAGUUCCUCGGAUUACCAGACGCAGUUGACAUUUUAAUCACGUUCUCGCGAGACCAGUCUAACAAAACCAUGAAGUUCAGACUGGAAGUGUAUGGCUGUUUCCGCUACAUGACCACCACCGCUGUUCCGACUGUAUCAGUCUUCACAACCGUGUCGUCUGUCCUAACUACGGAGUCAAGUCUCGCGUCAUCGUCUCUGACAACAGAACCCAGCCUGACGGCCAGCCAAGGGAUCACCUUGGGUUACGUUAGUUCAGAGACAACAACUGCUUCGUACAGCUCUGAAAAGACAACGCCGCCUUCUUACACUACUGUACAAACAACAUUGCCGCCAAUAGUCACCAGUCACACUGCAUACACGACCCCGUAUGUAACUGUAUACACCACCGAGCCCUGCUUACUGCUGAAGGGCAUGGAGAGUUAUCACGAUAUUCCCAACGGCAACAUUCGCACGAACGACAUCACAGUGGAUGCAAAUAGACUGCGUCCACAGAUUGGUAACCCACUCAAGUCCCACCGACCUAACUUGAAGGUCACGGUAGACCUACCUCCAUCUGGGGUGAUUGUGGACCGCUUGGAAUUGCCGGACCAUACCAACAUCAAGGGGGUGUUCGUCUUCUACACCAGGCCUGGCGACGGCACUCUGGUCACUCUUAACAGCGGCAAGCCACUUCCGGUUGACGCAGCCAUUCAAAUGCCUAGGAACCUGCCGAUAGCGCGCGUGGUCCUCGAGGUGGUGGAGAAGAACAUCGCGCAGGACGCCAUCUUGAUGACUCUGCAGAUUUGGGGUUGCUUUGUUCCAGGGACGACUACUCCUGCCUUAACUACAAUGUCCGAGAGUACAGUCCCCUGUGAAGCUGAGAGCAUGUUGGAGCGCAGCAUUCUGUCCCCAGAGUCCCUGGAAACCUCCGAUAAGACGCUCGACCUCCGUCGCCUGUUGCCCGGAAACCCCGCAGGCCCGGCGGUGUCGUUCGAAGCCAACCUUAGGGUGGCGGUCAACUUCAAUGGGGGCGCGGCGCUUGACAAGCUGGUGCUGCCAACGCAUGGGAACAUCCUUACUAUAAAGAUCCUUAUACAGUUACCUGGGGAGACGAAAUAUAUACCGUACAUGGGAGGGCAACCUAUUCCAGUCACGGACGCCCCGAUCCCUCUACCAACAGGAAUGAUGGCCAACCAGGUGGUGGUAGUCGUGCUGGAAAAACUACAGGCCGACCUUCCCAUCACCCUCACCCUCAAUAUCUGGGCCUGCUUCGAUGUUGUUACCACACCCGCCUACUCGUCCAACUCCUACACGUCGCCCCCCGAGUGCGAGGUCAAGGUCAUCAACUUCUCACGCGUGGACGGCCUAGCAGGGGCCUCCUCCCAGAUGUCAGGGGCCAAGGCCGUGCAGGCUUUAAAGGGGUCCAAUGGAUUCUGGUCGCCGACGACGGACGAUGUGGAGACGUACCCCUACCUGUUCUUUCAGAUCAAUGCACGUGAGGGCCACGCUGUUGUAUACAAGGUGACAUUCACCCUGAGGUUCUCUAAGUUUGUCGUGCUUAGUCUUUUCAACAGGAACGACCAGAACGUGGACACGAGCGAGAAGAUCAAGUGCAACACGCCCGUCCAUCAUAAGCGUAUCACGUACAACUUUUACGGGCAGACCGGUGACAAGGUCUACAUUUACGUGAGUCCAACCAAGAACACGCAGUCACAGGUGUCUGACCUUGAGAUACACGCCUGCUACACACCAGAGGUGGCGACAACAAUCGCCCCCACACCAUUGACGACGACACCGGAACCGAUCACGUGCUAUUUCUCGUGCGAUGCUGGAAGUACUUGUGUGCACGCUGAAGAGUUGUGUGAUGGGAAAUGCAACUGUUAUGACUGCCGGGACGAAGAAAACUGCACCACCACCACACCUGCUGAUGUGUGCGGCGGUUUCGGGUACGAGCCGGUAGUGCAGGGAGGUCAACAGGUCAUAUGCGGAGGGGCCGCGGGCGCAACGUGUCCGAGGCCGAGUGACCGCUGCACAUACUUCCCGGGUGCGGACUUUGGGCCAUGUUGUCGCGCUAACGAGGAGACCACCACCACCACCAAGUUUGAGACAACCACGCCGGCACAGAACGGCGGAUGGGGAACAUGGUCGCCCUGGUCGCGCUGUACACGGUCGUGCGGCCCCGGGGAGGAGACACGGUACCGGUUGUGCAACCAGCCACCACCGGGUCCCGGCGGCGCCAUGUGUGCCGGUGACGCCACUGGUUCCCGACCUUGCAGACUCGCAGACUGUGCCUAUGGCCUGCCUAACUGGUCCCCGUGGUCGGCCUGGGGCGACUGUGACGUCACGUGCGGCACGGGAAAACGCGCGAGAACCAGAGCAUGUGACAGCCCCGCCCCAGGGCCAGGGGACACUGGUUGUCAAGGUAACGCCACUCAGACGCUGCUGUGUAUGGAGCGACCCUGCAUGUGCACGUUUGACAUGAUCACCUUCCGGAACGCGUUUGGCUACGAGCCGGCUGAGCAGAUUGGUUAUGUUGAAUCUGACGGCAAGUACGGGCCAACGUCGCCCGAUGAAGACGUCUACAUAGGAGACAAAGUUGACGUCGGCGUCAUUGUACAUGUUGACUGCAGCAACUGCACGUGUAUGAACGGACUGCUCCAGUGUACAAUAGGACAGUGUGAAGAGUGUUCCUACUGGCCCUGGGGCCCUUGGUCCCUGUGCUCUAAAUCCUGUGACGUCGGCCAAAAGUGGCGGACGCGGCGCCUGCGCGUCAGCGGCGGUCCCCAGGCGGCCAAAUGUAAACCCGAGCUGACUGAGAGGGAGGAUUGCAGUGUGGAGCCCUGCCCAACUGCUCUACCGCCCAGUUGGAAUCCCUGGUCCCCUUGGAGUGCCUGUACCCCCGGUAUCCCCUGCCUGGCUGGUACCCAGCUGCGGACCCGAGCCUGCAACCACCUGUUUGGUUGCCUAGGAGAUGCGAUGGAGACUCGCCACUGCGAAAAUACCUGCAAUGAGAUCCCUUCCAAGUGUCCUCCAGGCUUAGUUUGGAGCACCUGCGCCAACAGGUGCCCCCACACCUGCUUUGACCUGCGCCUCAACACCUGCACCGAGGAUGAUGACAUGUGUGUACCAGGUUGCACGUGUGCUGACGGUAUGAUGCUAUACAACAGCAUGUGUGUUCCCGUCAACAACUGCCCCUGCUACGACACCGACGGCAGCGUGGUCCUACAUACUAUGGAGAUAAAUAGAGGGCCCUGCGAGACAUGCGUGUGCCGAAAUGGUACCCUUGAGUGCAACAAGGACCCAGAGUGUUGCACGUGGGACGCAUGGGGCACGUGGGGACAGUGUAGCGACACGUGUGGACGAGCCACUCGCAACCGAUACAGAUCACUGUUGCACGGAAGCCCCGUGCACUGCGGUCAGAAGUUCGAGACUCAAAUCUGCCCUUACCGCCCCUGUCCGGCGGACUGCGUCUAUGAGGGGCUCUCGUAUAACGUUGGUGACGUCAUACCGGGAUCACCGCCGUGUCUCAUCUGCCGCUGUACGACCGGCGGACGGUGGUGCGAGAGGGACAAGAACGCUAUAGUUCACGGCUCGUGGGGUCAGUGGACAUCCUGGAGUGGCUGCAGCCGGACAUGCGCAGGCGGACUGACCAACAGGUUCCGGAUGUGUAACCUCCCCUUGCAGAACUGCGGCGGGUCGCCAUGCGCCGGGGAAAACUCGCAGACUUUGCCAUGUAACAACAACGUCACAUGUUGUGAGGUGAGCGGCUGGACGGCGUGGAGCGAGUGUAGCGCCACCUGCGACUCGGGGACGCGCGAGCGGCGCCGUCAGUACACGAACCCCCUGGACUGGACACGAUGUCACGUGACGCUGCUGGAGACUGGAGUCUGUCUGGAGAGACCGUGCAAUAUGCGGUGCAACGUGAGUGCCUGGUCGGAAUGGUCGGCAUGUUCGGUACGGUGUGGUACGGGUCGUAGGGAGCGCAGCAGACGUGUGUUAGGAAUAACCACCUACGACUGUCCCACUUUGAUCGAUGACGCCGUCUGCUAUGCAGGCGCUUGCAAUUGCGGAACCAAUGAGUAUUACACCAACUGUACGACUUGUGAGGACACAUGCGCCAAUAGGCUGACGUCAGGGCCCUAUGCUGUAUGUAACCGGACGGGCUGUUUAUGCGCGCGCGGUUACUAUAGAAACCAGAAGGGUCAGUGCGUCACGGGCAAUCAGUGUGAGGUCUGUGUCGUAAACGGAGAGGAGAAAAAGCCCGGUGAAACUUGGGCACCAACUGACAACAAAUGUGUCCAUUGUGAAUGUGUGAACGGAGACGUCAUGUGUUCCCCUCGCUGUGAGAUACCGGUCUGUAAAGAGGACGAGACGCUCAGUUAUGACGUCACAGAUCCGUGCUGCCCGCGGUGUGUCAAACAAUCAGACACGUGUCAACUGCAGAGGCGCCUCGACUUCCUGUACGACGCCGGCCGCACGUGUCGCUCAGUGGACAAGGUUGAGUUCACAUUCUGCACGGGCUCGUGUGGAAACAGCACCGCCUCACCCCAACUGUUGCUUCACACCGGAUAUACCCUGGACGUCAGUUGCAGGUGUUGCACGGGAGACGUGGACCGCUACAGCGUGGUGAACGUGCUUUGUGGUGAGGGGAUAAAUAAGCGACCGACCACCGCCCUUGUUCCCGUCAUGUCCGCGUGCAGGUGUCGCGCAUGCGCGGAGUCACGUGAAUCUGUCCCAGCGGACGCGUUCACAGCAACAGGAAAACGGAAGUAAAUAUACAAAUUCGCACAUGCGCGGUACAGGACUUCGAAGUCGCUCUAUGGACACGAAUAUAAAUGUUGUAGUUUGCAAUUAAUACUGUAAAGUCUAAACGUAUUUAUGUUGUUAUUGUGUAUCGUUUGUAUGACAUGUUUGUGUCCGAAUGAUGGUAUUUAAAUGUU